AUGUUUAAAUGUUUUGUUUUUAUUGCAGUCUUGGCGGUGACAACGGCCGCCAGUAUUGGCAACAAUAAAGACAGCACAUAUGUGCCCAUCUUACGGCAGGGUGAGGAGAAGACAGAUGAUGGCUCAUUUACAUACUACUACGAAAGUGCUGAUGGCGCAAAACGUCAAGAGGUGGGUAUAGUCAAAAAUGCCGGCACCGAUGAAGAAACUUUGGUUGUAAAGGGUUCAUGGAGUUAUUUUGAUCAGAAUGGUAACGAGGUUAUUGUGGAGUAUAUUGCCGAUGAGAAUGGUUUCCAGCCUCAAGGUACCCAUAUACCACAAGUCAUUUCCCAGGCAGCCCAUGAUGCAGCUCAACGUUCUAUACUGCAGCAAACAAAUAAGCAAUAA